UUGCAGUGCGUGUUUAUGAAAAGAGAGUGAAAGGAGAGCGGGCGGCAUUGAUUGGCGAGGAAUAAUUCAUUUAUCGGCUGUUAUAUAAAUAGACAGAUGUGAAAACAGCUAAAAAUCAAAAUAUCUACUUAAUGGAUGGUUCUCGCUGACUUACGUCAAAAUGUUGCGACUUCCCAGACAAAUCCCCCAUUUUUCCUCCCUCCAUCGCCUCUGGGUGAGCCAGCACGCACGCAGCAGACCCAGCGCGUGUUGGUUCUUCACGUCGGUGACAAAAUGCAGUGCCACAGCGUCGAAACCGUGGGCGAUUGCAAAUGAGAAGGCGAGGAAGGAUGUGCGCUUUCAGGAGCUGCACAAGGCUGUGCAGGGACGCGAGCUGAUCCAGGACGUGCUGGAGAAGAAGAAGGAGAUUCUGCUGGAGAGGAAGAAUGAGUUGGUACAGGAUUUGCGGGACAAGCGGGCGAAAGUGAGAGUGAAGAUGGAGGAAGUCAUCGAGAGAGAGAACAUAAUGACAAUUCCCAAUCUCCUGUGCGUCCUCAGAGGUGUCCUGGCACCUUAUCUGGGAUAUGUCAUCAUCCAGCAGGACUUCACUUUCGCCAUUGGAUUACUCGUGGCCGCGGGAAUCAGUGAUCUGCUGGAUGGAUACAUUGCCCGGAAUUGGCCAUCGCAGAUGAGCAAUUUCGGCAGCUUCCUGGAUCCCAUGGCGGACAAGUUGCUGAUGGGCUCACUGGUGAUUUCGCUGAGCUACUGCAGUCUUCUGCCCAUUUGGCUCACUGCCACGAUUCUCUUCAGGGACGUCUUCCUCAUCGGCGCCGGCUUUAUUAUACGCUACAAGAGUCUUCCGCCGCCGAGAACCUUGACGAGAUACUUCGACGCAACACACGUCACUGCCCAACUUGCGCCGACGUUCGUCAGCAAAGUCAACACUGUCGUGCAAUUGAUCGCCGUGGCCACGAGCCUGGGCGCUCCCGUGUGGGAUUACGUGGAUCAUCCGAUGCUGCACGGACUGUGGUACUUGACUGGGGCUACGACAGUGGCCGCCGCCGUGAGCUACAUAAUGGCCAAGGACACCUAUAAGAUCUUCAGGAAGCGCCCGGGAAAUUGAGCAAUUACGCAUGCACGAGUGCUUCUAGGAUUUGGAACUGUAAAUAUAUUCACACAUUUUCUACAAGA